CCACGUGGUGCACGAACGGGAAUGGGCAGGGCAAGCGGCCGGACGUCAUGGACGUGACAGUACUUGUUAGGAAUCGGAGAUCGUGAGGUCGCGACUUUUUCAGCACAAAUGAUUCAUGUCAGUCGAGAAACACGGCUACACGUGAGUCUUUCAAGCCACAGAGGGCACUGGUCCAUACAUCCUAGUUCAAACUGGUUCCCACCUGAAGAUCGUCACCCAUGGAUGUCUGGCUUAUUGCCGUGGGACUCUUGGUCCAUAUUGUCUUCUUCUACUCCAUCUUUGACAUCUACUUCACCUCCCCCCUGGUGCACGGAAUGACGCCCCGCACUACCCCCUUGGAUCCUCCUGCGCGCCGCCUUGUUUUGUUCGUCGCUGACGGGCUGAGGGCUGACAAGCUGUACGAGUUGGAUGAGAGUGGUCACACGAGGGCGCCAUACCUGAGGAGCAUCAUAGAGGAGAAAGGAUCGUGGGGAGUUUCCCAUACGAGAGUACCCACGGAAUCACGACCGGGCCACGUCGCCCUCAUCGCCGGAUUCUACGAAGACGUCAGUGCUGUUGCAAAAGGUUGGAAGGAAAAUCCAGUGGAAUUUGAUUCCGUCUUCAACGAGAGCCGAUACACCUGGUCCUGGGGAAGUCCCGACAUACUGCCCAUGUUUUCCAAAGGUGCUACAGGGAACCACGUCUUCACCCACACUUAUCCGGCCGGCUACGAGGAUUUUGCUGAUGAAGACGCCUCAAGACUGGACAUGUGGGUGUUCGACAAAGUUAAGGAAUUUGUCCAAGAUGUUAAGCAGAAUGACACCCUUGGCAAAAUGGUGUCCUCUGACAGAAUUGUCCUUUUCCUGCAUCUGCUCGGCAUUGACACAAACGGCCACGCACACAAGCCGUUCUCCGAGGAGUACCUUACCAACAUCAGGUUGGUGGAUGCUGGAAUACGAGAGGCAGUGGAGCUGAUAGAGUCUGCCUUCGAAGGAGACGGGAAAACGGCGUACGUGAUGACUGCCGAUCACGGCAUGACAAACUGGGGUUCCCACGGUGCCGGUCAUCCACAUGAAACUCUGACCCCGAUUGUGGCCUGGGGUGCUGGGGUGAACAAACCCUCUACGCCAGGCAACGCCGAGGAGUAUUCCGAUGGUUUUUCUCAGUUGUGGAAGUUGGACCACCUCAAGCGUCAGGACAUCAACCAGGCGGACAUCGCUUCUCUGAUGGCAUCAUUGAUCGGCACACCGUUCCCGCUGAAUUCGGUGGGUUUGCUCCCCCUGGGUUUCCUUGACAAUACAGGACACUACAAGGCAGAGAGCUUGCUGACCAAUGCACGGCAGAUACUGGCCCAGUAUGAGGUAAAGGAGAAGCACAUGCAGGAGACGACGUUGGCCUUGUUCUUCAGUCCCUUUAAACCUCUGUCUGCUGGACAGAAGGCUGACAUCCUGCGUACCAUCCAAGCUCAGAUCAGUAAAGGCCAAACUGAUAAUGCUAUAUCUACAACACAUGAUCUGAUCCAAAGGGCUUUGGAUGGUUUAAAGUACUACCACAACUAUGAUAGAUUCCUGUUGGGGACCAGCAUCUUAAUGGGUUACCUGGGCUGGAUGGCCUACAUCCUCCAACACCUCCUCAACUUCCACACAUCCAUCCCCAAGCCGAGAUGGACCAAGCUCGACGGCCUCACAGCCUCUGGUUUUCUUGUCAAGUGGGGGCUGGACAUUGUCUUCACCGCCCUCGGUCUGGUUGUAGUCUCUCUACUAACAAUCCAGUCCUCACCAGCGAUGUAUUAUGUGUACUGUUUGCUACCUGUUCCUCUGUGGUACACCGCUGUAAAACAAUACAGUAUAUUCUAUCAAGCGGUCAGUCACAUUGUCUCCGUCGUUGGAUUCUGCAAGCUGAUUGGCUACUUGAUGCUGGGUGUCAUCGCCAUGGAGAUUGUUGUCUUGAGCAUGUUUUGGAGGGAGGUGCUCUCCUUGGGUCUUGUGGCCAUCGCGCUGUGGCCUUUCUUCACCGAACUCAGGCACCUCAAUAAGGGUUUCGUCGCCGGUUGGACGGUAUCCUGUUUAGCUGUGGCUGUCUUCCCUUUACUCCCAGUGGUUGGCAGGGAUGCAAAUAUCAACUUAGUAACGUUGGCGGGUGUCCUAUUCCUCCUGAGCAGCCUGGGUGCCCUUCUCUACCUCCGCACCCACCGCCACCCCCUGACGAACCCAGUCCAUUCCGCCAUUGGUCCCCUUCAACUGGUCAUCUUGGUCCUCUCCAUCUACGUCGUCAAGAGCACCUGGGCCAGCCUGGGCAGCAAGCGGGGGCUCCCUCUCGUCAACCAGUGCCUGAGUUGGGCCACAUUCGGCUCCUCAUUUCUUAUACCCGGGUUAACGUCCGUGGAAGUAGUUUCACGAUUGUUGAGCACGGCCAUGGCUUUUGCUGCUGUCUUUUUACUAACUAGUACAUCACAUGAAGGGUUGUUUUGUUUAGCUCUGUGCUACCUUAUGUUUUUCUGGCUUCUGUGCGAGCACAGGUUGUCACAUUCUGCAAAUGUCAAGCUUAGAGAUCUUUCGUUUGGUGAGGAGUGGACCCUCUUGAGAGGACCUCAGAGACGCUUGGUCCUCGAUGACCUCCGCUGUGCUUACUUCUUCAUCUUCUUCAUCCUCACCGCCUUCUUUGGCACAGGAAAUAUUGCCAGCAUAAACAGUUUUGAUCCAGCAUCUGUGUACUGUUUCUUGACUGUUUUCAGUCCUUUCAUAAUGGGUUCACUUCUCUUGUGGAAGAUUGUAAUCCUGUUUCUGCUGGUAACCUGCACCUUCAAGGCCAUCCACAUACUGCUGCGGUUGCCGAACACCAGCCUCUUCCUGGUGGUGCUUCUCUUGUCGGAUGGCCUGGCGCUUCAGUUCUUCUUCCUGGUCAGGGAUUCGGGGAGCUGGCUGGACAUCGGGACCAGCAUCAGCCACUACGUGAUCGUCAUGUGCAUGAUCAUCUUCGUCAUGCUACUGUUGGUCCUGGCUCGGCUCUUCACUACCGUGACCUUUGGCCUCGGUCACAGAGGCAAAUUUCACAGUACUUAAGAAGAAUCAUGAUGUGUUCAGAAAGUUGUGAUUUUCAGUGCGACUGACACGCUGUUACAGGCAGAGACAUUGUUUUGUCCAAACUGCCCACGACGGGUAGGAGAUAGUAACAGACCCAGUUGGAAAUGCAGAGACUGAGGGAUAUUGACUCAGUCCCUGAACAAAGAGUGUGUCAAGAAUGCUAAGUCUGUGUCCAAAUCACUUGGCUUUGGCUGGAGAUAAUACAUGCUUCUAUCGAAGCCCUACCUAAUGGCUGCAGCCGUUUCUCAUAGACUUGUGCCUUGUUAUCAGCCAUAGCCAUGCUAGUCUGAUGUGACCUUAAAGUGGAGAGAUUGGUUCAUAGUGUCUACGUUCAUUAGCUACUUUGUUAUACACAUGCCCAGUGUACUGAUUAUGAACACCCAUGAGCUAAAUACUUCCAGGACUGUGCAUUACUUCCAGUUGAGACAGUUUUUAUGACCACACGGUGUAAGUGGGCACGGUGCCAGUUGCAAUAACAUCACACCAAUGUACUACAGAAGAUGUUCUGUGACCCAUCAGUGUCUUAUGAGAUUUGAAGGUUUUCAUGGUGGAAGUAGCAAGUAAACUAGAUAGGUUUGGGGUAGCACCAUGGAUUCAUCUCUUUUUAAGUCUGUAGGGUUCUGAAAAGAACCGAUAGUGCUCAACAUUUCGGACAGUAUGCUCUGUCCGUCGUCAGGAGACUUCAGUUCUUGUUUUCACAAUUUGUUUGUUGGAAGGCCAGAAAUCUUUGCUUGAUGAAAACCUCAUUUAGUCAUUUGCAAAUUAUUUAUACUGCAUAAUUUUAUAGUUGUUGUGUCAAAUAUUAUAGCUCAGUGCAAAAUGAUUUGUGAGAGCCCUCUGUGUUCCCAAUGUUGUUCCACUGUUCUAAUUUAGACAGUGUUGCCGAGUGGACUUCUGGAGUCCUGAACUUUCACACUGUUACAGCUUGAAAGGAGUCUAAUUGUGGGGAAUGGAGACAAGCAAUGGCAGUUCUAGGGUGAAGGGGAGACAGGGUGGCUAGCAGACUAAAGUCGAGUUAAAAGCAAGACUGUUUAAAGCAAUUUCGGCCUCAUCAAGUCGAUGUUCAUCUCAAAUUUCAUGACAAGACUGAAGACUGAGUAUACGCCUACCCCCCCCCCUCCCUGGAGGGGAUGCCAUCCCAUGGCAGGUUACUUACUUCCCAGUGCUGUUACCCAUUUAUACCGAGGCUACAACUACUGGCCAGCAGCUGGAUUCGAUCCCGUCCCCCUCCGAUCAUGAGUCAUAAAUCCUAACCACUGGGUCCUCCGACUUUCAGUCAAGUAAACUCAAGCGUAUCCCUAAGGAUAAUGAAAACUGUCGUAUUACAGUGGGACAUGUAGUUACUCUCUUUCUCGUACAAAGUCAGCAGUCCAACCAUCAGAGGCAAAUGAACGGAAACAGGACAGAAUAAGAAUAUUACGAGUUAGCUAUUUUUCUGGGGCAACAAAAGAGAUGGAAGCAGUAGAGGAACUAGGAUUCAUUAUAAAAGUAAUCAAACGUGUUUAGGUGCGUAUUUGAUGCACACUGGGAAAGGAAAGGGGCGUCUCAAAGACGUGCGUCUAUUUUGUCGGAGAGCCACCCCCCCCCAAAAAAAAAAUUUGCCAAACUGAUUUUUUUAUAUAAAGGCAAUGUAUGCAUUACUAUUAGUUGGAAAAUUCAGCGAGACAGUGAAAACAAAGUUCGGAAGUUUUAAAUUGGCACAUCUAGCUGCAAUAAGAUUUGUGCUUAUCACACGAUGAAUCUUUGGAAGAACGGCAAGUGCAAAGUUAAGACUAUUUUUCGUCAAAUAUUGUAAGCAGGCAGAAAUGGAGGAAACCCGUGCAGAUUUUUUCACGAACGCCAAAAUUUCUACCAAGUAUAAUAUCAGUCUCCCCAGGCAGCCGCAUCGUGUGCAAAACAAUUAUCGAAAUCCACUUUUACACCCACUGAAUUUACCGCAGAAUGGAGUAUUGAAUCAGCCUUGAAAAUAUUUUACGCAAUGGAAAUUUUUUUUGCAUUUUCAAGAGUUAAUGAUUUAAUAGGGAUCGUUAAAGAAAUUACAAUUUUUAUGAAACGGGUUUUCGUUUCACGUUUUGUAUCUUUAAUAAGGUUUUCUCUAUUAUCGUUGUGUUCUCGAUGCCGAAGUAUACGAGGAUACAUGCCGUGGGCAUACUCAUCAAACAAGGCACACGCCCUAAGGAUGUGAGCAAAUCGAUGAAAUGUCGAAAUGCUUCCCUUUGUUUAUCGACGAUAUCAGUCUAGUCUACCCCUAUUCCCGUACCGACUGACACUCCCGAUGACUUUUCCACUGAAGUCUUGUCCCGUUGGACUGUUUUCGACAGAUGCUCCGUCCUUCACCGGGGAAACAUGUUGCUGGAAUUUGUACAGACAAAAAGAAAUUAACAUUCACUGAUUAAAAACAAUGAAAUAAAAUGGCGGCUAUCAUU